AUGAGCAGACACAUCUAUCCGCUCGUUGCGGUGAGACAAAGGCUUAGCAUGUCGAUCAAAUCCGCCAAAGCUUCAGUCUCAUCAGAAACUUUCUCACGAGUAUUGUGGCAUCUCCUUCGAAUAUGCCUUUCAUUCUCGCUGUUGUUUUUCGAUAACACUAUUCUCGUGGUCGCGGGGUUCUUAGCGUAUCGCCGGUCAAUAGCCAAUCGACGCCUAGCGACACAACACGAUGUACCGUUUUACCCGAAAACGGUCCUUAUCACAGGAAUAGGUACGGCUCACGGCCUGACUCUGGCAAGGUCAUGGGCUGCAGAAGGCCACCACGUGGUUGGGGCCGAUGUUACAGACCUGGACCUGCCAAUGCGCUCCGGCGGAAGUAUGUCCAAGGCCCUGGUAGCAUUCUACCAGAUCCCCAAGGACCAUUACAUCUCCCGGCUACUCGACGUUAUCCAGCACGACAAGGUUGACCUUUGGAUUCCAUGCUCGCCCAAGGCAUCACCCACUGAAGAUGCGACGGCCCGACAGGUUGUUGAGAGUCGCACUAACUGCAAGUGUAUCACAUUCGACACUGAGUUGGCGGCUUGCUUUGCCCAUCCUGAUUCUUUCAGGCAGUAUGUGAUUGAGAGAGGUCUUCCUGUGCCUGAGUAUCACAGAGUCCAAUCGCGCGACUCUGUGCACAAGAUCUUGCACCGGUCGCCCGCCAAAACCUACCAGAUCUCCCGAGCGACCCCAUCUGCGAAUGAGAAGGCUAUACUCUUGCCGAGGCGCACGCUGAGCAAGACAUACACGAUGGUCAGCGAGAUCCAGAUCUCCAAGGAUCGCCCAUGGAUUCUGCAGCAAAAAUCUCGCCUUGGAGACCUAUUGGCAGACCUACUGAUCGUUCGUGGCCACGUUCAAGCCAUCAAGGUACGACUUUCCGAUUCUGGUUCGUCUACGUGGGGUGCAUCACGUCUGGAUGAAGUUCUGGCCGCUUCAGUCCAUAGGCUCAUGCAGACAUUGGCAGCCAAAGGUGGUGUGCGCUUGACAGGUCAUCUCUCUGUCAGACUCAUGGUCGAUGAAGAGUUCGACGCGCAUUCUGUCCGACACACUAUCUACAUUGCCGGCUGUACAUCUGGCGCCACAGCUGUCGAUAAUCUGUUGUAUAAUGUACCUUGCCCCAUCACAGGGUAUCUAUCUGUGUUUCCUUCCAAUUCAGUCGAUUCAGCCACCGUUGCAGCGAUACUGUCCUCAACCCAUCCAGCGCCAAAAUUUGUCCGAGCCGCCAUCCUUCCCGCUGCUUUCUUGCAAUUUUCAUUAUUUCACUUUGCAUUCACAGCCCUUGAAGUUGCAGAGGCUGAGUUAACGAGGCUGUUGUUCUGGAAAGAUCCACUGUUCUCUUUUCUGGACCCUGUUCCCUGGUGGUGGCAAGUACAUGUCUAUCAACCAUUGCGAGAGAUCUGGAUGUUGAUGAAACAAACACGAGAGGCAGGAUUGACUUGA